AGAGAUCCUGACGCGCCUUUUGAUCCCUCCUUUGCGACCAGACACGUCCCAGCGGCGCCCGCCCGAGAGAGGCCAACGGCUGCAGCCGGCGCGCCGGACCCGGCGGGAGAACCCGGGCGUGGUCAGGAAACGCGUCAGCCGGGCGUCCCCACUUGUGCGGCUCAGGGUCUGAAUGUCGGGGGGCCUGUUGGUGCCAGGUGCUCGUUGGGACGCCGGAUGGCCCCUGUCCGCACUGAGCGGGGGCCGCGAAAACCAGCAAGAAACACCCCCUCCCCCCACCAGGUGAAUGGGGGCUGGGACCUCCUUCCCUCAACAAUGACUGCCCCGGGCUCCUGGGUCUCCUUCUGGACGCCCCUCACGCUGACCGUCUGCCUGCUGUUCAUCGUGAUCCUCUUCAGCUCCAUCUACUUAAGCAUCUGGAUCCCCACCGUGGAGUGGGGGCUCCCCACCCCAAAUGCCAUGGAGCGGGGCGUGUGGACCGUGAACACCAAAGGGCGGCUGGGGAACCAGAUGGGGGAAUAUGCCACCCUCUACGCCCUGGCCAAGAUGAACGGGCGCCAGCCCUACAUCCUCCCGGAGAUGCACCAGCAUCUGGCGCCGCUCUUCCGCAUCAGCCUGCCCGUGAUCUCCAGAUUCAGGGCUUGGGGGAUCCCGUGGAAGGACAAUGAGCUCCAUGACUGGAUGUCGGAGGAGUACAGGCACAUCGAGGGGAAAUACGUCCGGCUGACGGGCUACCCCUGCUCCUGGACCUUCUACCACCACCUCCGGCAGGAGAUCCUCCAGGAAUUCACCUUCCAUGACCACGUCAAGGAGGAGGCCAACCGGUACCUGACCAGGCUGCGCGGGCAGUGCCGGAACGUGACCUACGUGGAUGUCCAUGUCCGGAGGGGGGACUUCGUCCCCGUGAUGGCCGAGCGCUGGAAGGGGGUGGUGGCAGACAAGGCCUACCUGGAGAAGGCCAUGGGCUACUUCCGGGCCAAGUACCAGGAGCCGGUGUUCAUGGUGACCAGCAACGGGAUGGAGUGGUGCCGGGAGAACAUCGACGCCUCGCGGGGAGACGUGUAUUUCUCGGGGGACAGGAAGAAGUCCUCGCCGGGGAGGGAUUUCACUCUGUUGGCUCAUUGUAACCACACGAUCAUGACCAUCGGGACCUUUGGCAUCUGGGCCGGCUACCUGGCUGGGGGGGAGACCGUCUACUUGGCCAACUACAUGCUCCCCGAUUCCCCUUUCCUCGAGAUCUUCAAGCCUGCAGCCGCCUUCCUGCCCGAGUGGAUCGGGAUCAACGCCGAUCUCUCCCCGCUGCGGAGUGGAAUGACUUGCUAAAGGAGCUCAUCCGAUGGCCACAGGAUCCACCUGCCAGGACUCCGGUCGGCCAAGGAGUGGGCACCUGGGAACCCUGGCUGGUUCGGGCUGCGCUGGGGAGAUAGGGGGAGAUUGGAGCUGGGCUGAUGGGGUUCAGAGCCCCAUUGUGACAGAGCAGGGGGGUGGGGCGGAUUGACCUGGGGAUGUCGCAGGGGAGUUUCACUGGGACUGUCUGCAUGGGGGAUGGAUGCCAGUGGGUAGCUUCACUUGAGGGACAAUACCUGAGCCGGGAGGGGGGCUGGGGCCAGGUGACACCUUUCCCCGGGAAGCUGGACAAAGGCUGGAG